AUGGAGGCCAAGCCACUGUCUUCCACCAAUGAACGGUUGAAUUACAGUUUUACCCCAGCCACUUUGUCCAAAGCUGGAGCAGAACCAUUACAUUCACUGUUGAAGCAGCAAAAUGAAGAGGAAGACGAGAAGCUUCCAUUCGUGGGCGUGAACAUCGGCACGGACGUCUCGAACCUUCCACCAGCCUCGGACCUGGUCGCGUUCCUUCAACUGCAGAAAAUAACGCACGUGCGAAUCUACGAUGCUAACCCGGACAUACUCAAAGCCUUGUCGGGCACCAAGAUUCGCGUCAUCAUCAGCGUCCCCAACAACCAGCUCCUCGCCAUUGGCUCCUCCAACACCACUGCAGCUUCCUGGAUCGACCGAAACGUCGUCGCUUACUACCCCCAAACCCUCAUCGCUGGAAUUUCCGUCGGCGACGAGGUUCUCACCACCGUCCCUUCCUCCGCCCCUCUCAUUCUCCCCGCUGUCGAGUCCCUCUACAACGCCCUCGUCGCUUCUAACCUCCACCAACAGAUCAAGGUCUCAACCCCUCACGCGGCCUCCAUUAUUCUCGACCCUUUCCCUCCCUCUCAGGCUUACUUCAACCAAACCCUCGUCUCCGUCAUUCUGCCUCUUCUUCAGUUCCUUUCCCGCACCGGUUCCCCUCUCAUGAUGAACCUCUACCCUUACUACGUCUUCAUGCAGAACAAGGGCGUGGUUCCUCUCGACAAUGCCCUCUUCAAACCCCUCACUCCUAACAAGGAAAUGGUCGACCCCAACACCUUGCUUCACUACACCAAUGUGCUCGAUGCUAUGGUCGACGCCGCAUAUUUCUCCAUGAAGAACCUCAACAUCACCGAUGUUGUCGUUCUUGUCACCGAAACUGGGUGGCCUGCCAAGGGUGACUCUAAAGAGCCUUAUGCCACCAAGGACAAUGCUGAUACUUACAAUUCCAAUUUAAUUCGGCAUGUUUUUGAUCGCAGCGGAACCCCUUUGCAUCCUGAGACUACUUCCAAUGUGUUUAUCUAUGAACUCUUUAAUGAAGACUUGAGGGCUCCGCCGGUGUCGGAAGCCAAUUGGGGUUUGUUUUAUGGGAACUCUACGCCGGCGUAUCUGCUUCAUGUAUCUGGAAUUGGGACCUUUUUGGCGAAUGAUACUACCAAUCAGACAUACUGCAUUGCCAUGGAUGGGUUUGAUUCGAAGACGCUGCAGGCUGCGCUGGAUUGGGCGUGUGGACCGGGAAGGGCCAAUUGUUCGGAGAUUCAGCCUGGGGAGAGUUGCUACCAGCCUAAUAAUGUGAAGAACCAUGCUUCUUAUGCGUUUGACAGCUAUUACCAGAAAGAGGGCAAGGCUCAGGGGACUUGUGACUUCAAAGGGGUGGCUAUGAUCACCACCACUGAUCCCAGUCACGGGAGCUGUAUAUUUCCUGGAAGUAAAAAAGUGAGCAACAAGACAAAGGAAGUGGUGAACUCUACAGUAUCAAGCAGUGCAGGGGAAAAGUGGAGGCUCAAAACCUUUAACAGAAUAAAAAUAAGUGCAAUCCACAACAUUUUGCACAUUGUCUUGGAUGCAUGUCUUCCUAUGUUGUUGUUGGUCCUUUUAUGA